UCUCCCCAGAACACACAUUUGUACGGAGCAGGGUCCUCUGGCCUCCACAAUGUCAACUUCUGCCUCCGGACCUAGCCUUCCUGCUUACCUGCUGCUGGCUCUGCUGUUGGGACUCACAGGUGUGGCAGGUGAGGCAGAGCUGCAGGUGAUCCAACCUGAGAAGUCAGUGUCUGUCACAGCUGGAGAGACCGCCACUCUGCACUGCACCCUGACCUCCCUGAUCCCCGUUGGGAAGGUUGAGUGGUUCAGGGGGACAGGGCCAGGCCGGGAGUUGAUCUUCCAUUUCAAAGGAGGCCACUUCCCCCGAGUAACAAAUGUUUCAGACUCUGCAAAGAGGAACAACGUGGACUUUUCCAUCCGCAUCAGUAAUAUCACCCCAGCAGACGCAGGAACCUACUAUUGUGUGAAGUUCCAGAAAGGAAACCCCGAUGUGGAGUUGAAGUCUGGACCAGGCACCCUGGUCACCGUGAGUGCCAAACCCUCUCCCCCCAUGGUGUCCGGCCCCACGGCCAGGGCCACACCUCAGCAGACAGUGAGCUUCACCUGCAAGUCGCAUGGCUUCUCCCCCAGAAGCAUCACCCUGAGAUGGUUCAAAAACGGGAAUGAACUGACAGCCUCUCAGACCACUGUGUACCCAGAGGAAGACAACGCUUCCUACAGCAUCUCUAGCACAACCAAGCUGGUGCUGGCCUCGGGGGACGUUCGCUCCCAGGUCAUCUGUGAGGUGGCCCACGUGACCCUGAAGGGGGGCCCUCCUCUUCGUGGGACUGCCAACUUGUCUGAGACCCUUCGAGUUCCGCCCAUCUUGGAGGUUUCCCAGCACCCCAUGGCAGGGGACCAGGUGAAUGUCACUUGCCAAGUGAAGAAGUUCUACCCUCAGCGCCUACAGCUGACCUGGUUGGAGAAUGGAAAAGUGUCCCGAACAGAAACUCCCUCAGUGGCCUCCAACCUCCUAGAGAACAAGGAUGGGACCUUUAACUGGACGAGCUGGCUCCUGGUGAAUUCAUCCACCCACAGGGAAGAUGUGGUGUUCACCUGCCAGGUGCAGCAUGACGGGCAGCCUGCAGUCACCAAAAACCAUACCCUUGUGGCCUCUGCCUCCCAAAAGGACCAGGAAAUACAUAAAACCCAAGACCCAGAGCUGUCUGCUCUACUGCUGACAGCCCUCCUCCUGAGCCCAAAGCUGCUGCUGCUCAUCACUGUCUCUGCCAUCUAUGCUCACAGGAAGCAAGGACCUAACUGUGCCCCAGAAGGAAAAUAGCACCAAGGACAUAGCAGACACGUGGGGAACAUUUCUGGAAUGAUGAGCAGAUAAUUAAACGUGGACAUGGAUCCCACACCUCCUUCCUCCUCCCCUGCCACACGCCACCAUCAGUGUCUGCUGCCUCCUUCCUUCCCUGAGAGGCCCAGCCUAAGAGAAGGAACAACUAGACGCUUCCACAAUUCUGCUCCAUAUGCAUUGUUUCCCCCAGAGGCCAGCCUACCCACAGAUCUUGCGGCUCCUUCUCACAGUCCUUCUGCCCUCAGCACUGGGUCUUCAUCCCUGGGCCUGAGCAGGAUCCAUGGGAACUUGCUCUGGGGACUUAUGUAAGGACAUAUGUCUGGAAUAUGAGGAACAGUUCACAUCUACACAGAUCAGGCAUCUCAACCAUCUCCUGGGGACUGUGGCCAUGAACUACACAGUCAUGUCCAUACUCUCAGGAGUUAUUCCUGCCAAGCCCCAGAUUUCCCAGCCUUGGUGAGGUUCCCCAUUGCAUCUUGAAUAGAAAUGAAUUCCGGGAUCCCUGAGUGGCGCAGCGGUUUGGCGCCUGCCUUUGGCCCAGGGCGCGAUCCUGGAGACCCGGGAUCGAAUCCCACGUCGGGCUCCCAGUGCAUGGAGCCUGCUUCUCCCUCUGCCUGUGUC